GUUCACGGGAACCUCACUGCAGGCCACGGUCUCCUGGUGGAGCUGAUCAUUACCUUUCAGUUGGUGUUUACUAUUUUUGCCAGCUGUGACUCCAAACGGACUGAUGUCACUGGCUCCAUCGCUUUAGCAAUUGGAUUUUCUGUUGCCAUUGGACAUUUAUUUGCAAUCAAUUACACCGGUGCCAGCAUGAACCCCGCCCGAUCCUUCGGCCCUGCGGUGAUCAUGGGAAUCUGGGAAAACCACUGGAUAUAUUGGGUUGGACCAAUAAUAGGAGCUGUCCUUGCUGGUGGCCUGUACGAGUAUGUCUUCUGUCCAGAUGUUGAACUCAAACGUCGGUUCAAAGAAGCCUUCAGCAAGGCUGCUCAGCAAACCAAAGGGAGCUACAUGGAGGUGGAGGACAACCGGAGCCAGGUAGAGGCCGAUGACUUGAUCCUCAAGCCCGGAGUGGUGCACGUGAUUGACAUGGACCGGGGCGAGGAGAAGAAGGGGAAGGACCCGUCGGGAGAGGUGCUGUCCUCCGUAUGACUAGAAGAUGGCACUGAAAGCAGACGCGAGCCCUUAGAGCUGCCCGCAGAGGUCCUCCCGCCCAUUAAGGAAACAGACUUGUUAUAAGGUAGACGUGUCUCAUGUCACGUUACUCAGUCUAGCUAACAAGUAUUUCAUUCUUUACUAAGGAGGAACGGAAGAAACCUAUUGUGAAUUC